UGUGCCACUCUCUCCACGGUUCAGCGCCACUCCCUUAACUUGAUAUCUGUUUACUUUAGAGGAAGCAGUUUUUGAGAAAGGAAUCAUAAAUAUCCUGGCCCAGUGCCCCAGAAGCCAUGACAAGCAAAAGAACAUACUUACCUAAAGAUAGCCUUUGUGAUAUUUAAAUGUGUGGGUUAAUUUUUUAUCCACUUUAAUAACUAGAUUACCUUUCCACCCGAUCCCACUUCUUUGCUUUUUAUUUCUGCUCUGAAACCGUGGGCACGGAAAUCUCUGCAGACACAUUACUCCAGAGCAUAUUGCAGGACAGUCUUAUAACGAACAGUUAAAUUCACGGCAUCUGGAUUCCUGAUCCUUUUCCGACAUGGCAGGUGUGAGUGGCUGUGUAAAAUAUUCUAUGUUUAUCUUCAAUUUCUUGUUCUGGCUAUGUGGUAUCUCGAUCCUGGCAGUAGCAAUUUGGAUACGAGUAAGCAAAGAUGGUCAAGAGAUUCUCAGCAGUGAGGACUCUAGCAGUAAGCCCUACAUUGCUGUGAAUAUCUUGAUUGCUGUGGGUGCUACCAUCAUGAUUCUGAGUUUCCUGGGAUACUGUGGUGCCAUCAAAGAAAGCCGCUGCAUGCUUUUUUUGUUUUUCAUAGGCUUGUUUUUGAUCCUGUUACUGCAGGUGGCAGCGGGUAUCCUAGGGGCUGCUUUCAGAUCUGAGUCUGAGAACAUUCUGAAUGAGACUCUCUAUAAAAACAUAGAGCUUUUGAGUGGAACAGAUAGUAACGCAAAAGCAUUCCAGAAAGCCUUGACUGAAUUUCAAGAACAGUUUAAAUGCUGUGGUUUGGUCAAUGGACCUUCUGACUGGGGAAAUAAUUUUCAAUCCCAUUCCAAGUCAUGCAAAUGUCCAGAUACAUCAGAGUCUUCUUGUAUACAGUAUGAAGGAAAUUAUGUUUACAAAGAGCCAUGCAUUUCUUUCAUAAAAAACUUAGUUAAAACACACAUUCUCAUAACAAUUGGAAUAGCAUUUGGACUGGCAUUUAUUGAGAUACUCGGUCUGAUAUUUUCUAUGGUCCUGUUUUGCCAGAUUGGAAGCAAAUGAAUCUGUGGAUGUGUUGAGCUACCAUCAAUCAAACGCCUUUAAAAUUUUGCUUUAGCUUUGUAACUUCAAAUAUGUUACUGCUGUAUAUGUUAGGGGCAGCUGUCCUAUUAAGAUUUCUCAUUUAGCUAGACCAUAGAUAUCUUCUAGGCAUAUUGAGCAUAUUUAAGAUUUUAGUAAUACUAGGAAAAUGAUAUGAAUGUACAUUUUUACUCAAAAUAAAAGUAACAUUCUUUACGUUGGUGCUUUUUCCUGUCUGAUCAUUGUGUUCAGGUGAUACUGUCCUUUAAAACAUUCAUCUGAAGCCACCCUGUGGAAUGAUCUUCAUCUCUGAGUGACAGGGACAUAGUUUAGGCAGUGCAUCUAGGCUUUUCAGAAGCCACACUCUGUUUUGGGUGGUGUAUCAACCAUUCAUGAUAAGAUUGAAUUAAGUCUCAAGCUGAAAGAUUGAGAAAGUGGUCCAGCUAAAGGACUCAUUAUCUCUUUUCUAUUUAUGUUAAUGUCUAUUAAUGGUGCCUCUCUUUUCUCUCUACCUUUUAUGGGGACAAGAAAAUUUGAGUGCUGUCUUUCCAGCCAUUGAAUCUCUGAUACCUCUCCGGACCUCCCUCUGGGUCAUAGUUAUAACUGCUUUUACCUUUUGAGUUCUCAUAGACAUUUUUACAUUUUACUUUUUAUUGAGGUAUAAUACAUACAAUAAAGUGAACAAAUUUAAGUUUACACCUGUGUUAACACUAUCCAGCUGAAGAUACAAGACAUUUUCAGCACACCAGAAUGACCGUACAUGCAACCUCCCAGUGGCACGCUAGAGCUGGCUCCCACUGAUGUACCAGAGCAGACCAUAUACAUAUAUACAUCUCUUUCCAACUCUGCUCAGUGACAUCACAUUGGUAGCUUGAAAUCCACCGUGGUGGGAGAAUUUACACCGUGGAAUUUACACCGUGGAAAUUGGAAAAUGAUAUAAAAUAAGGGAUUUUGUUUUUUGAGAGCUGGUUUUUAAACAUUUACCAGAAUGCCACCGCCCUCUUCAACAAAUGCCUCCCCAGAGGUAGUCACUCUUCUGAAUUCUAUGACCAUAGGUUCAUUUUGCUUAUUCUUGAACUUUCUGUAAAUGGAAUAAUAAAAUAUGCUCUCUGGCUUCUUUUUCCUCAACAUUUUGUGAGAUUUAUCUAAAUUGUCGCAUACAACUGCUGUUUAUUCUCAUUGCUAUGUAGUAUUCCCUUGCGUAUAAAUGUAUGUCACAAUGUAUUUCUCCAUCUUCCUGAACAUUGGAUUUGCUUCCAGUUGGUGUUAUUAUGAAUAAAGCUGCUAUAAACAUUU